GGGCUGGUUCAGUUCUGGGGAGGAGUCUGGACUCUCUGGGGACCGUCACUGAAAGGUGGUACAGGAGGAAGGUACAGAGCAUCCUAGCUUCACCCCAUCCUGACUGGACGGGAAAUCAGCAGCAGCCAACGGCUCCUGUCACUGAGAUACAGGACGGAGCACUUCAGGAGGUCAUUCAUCCCCACAGCCGCUACAAUACACAACUGUAACUGUGGUGAAACUGAUGGUCUAGAUGACUGCACUGUGGCACAUCUGCACACAAGACACUUAUCUACUCAUAUGCAGAGAUACUUUAGCCAAAUGUUUUAUUCACUGUAUAUUAUAUGUAAAUUGGACCUGUUUUUGUAAAUUCAGUCUUAUUCUUAUUUUAUUCUUAUUCUAGUCUUCUUCAUAUGUGUUUUGCUUAUUUCGUGACAACUUGGACAAAAUUAUUUCCUACGGGGAACAAUAAAGUGAACUUAAAGUGAAUCUCGAAUUAUAUGUUUUGUGCGUCCCCGUGAGCGCGCAUUUAACGGCAGAGCGCGCAGCUUCGUCUCGGAGAUGCUCGCUCCCGCAGACGCACAGAUCAUCCUGACAGCAGCACCGCUUCAGCAGCGCUGGCUUCAAGUCACAGAAACUCAAGCUCUUCGCGGAUCACUGGCAAAUCAGCGAAGCCCGGGAUUAACGGGAUUUCAAGGAUGUGUGGUGUGGACGUGGACCUGGACGAUGGCGGUUCGGCGGAGGAGGAGAAAGAGGAGGAGUUCUGGAUCGGGGAGGGGGUGAAGAUGCUCCCCCCUCCCGUGGCCCACAGCGGGGGCAGUGCGUGGGGCAGCCGCAGGGGCAGGUGUGGCUGCGUGGCCUGCGGGGCAGCGCUCGUCCUCUGGAACCUGUGCAUCGUCUUAGCCAGCGCCCUGCUCCUGGCUGUGGUGUUCUCCAUGGUGCUGCUGCCUGCGGUGCUGCUGCUGUAUGCUGGUUUCCUCUGUCACUCCAGGGUCCUUGAUGCCCCCUCCGCCAUCUGCCGUUACCUCGACGACAACAGCUGCUCUGCCCUCAUCAUCCUGGGCUUUGUGAUGAUGUCGCCGCUCGUGGUUGUGGCGGCGGCAGUUUUCUGCGGGCUGCUUCGAAGGUUUCGUCUCCUGCUGUGCAUUCAGCCCAUCACACGUGCCUGGUACAGGGGGAGGCUGAGGGACUGGGUGAGCAGCGUCCACGCCUGGGUGUGAUCCAGACAAGAGGGUCACAUGAAGUUUGAUCCGUGUAAAAUUAGCCAGGAGGAUACCGAGGGUAGACCGAGUAGUGCUUACAGUGUAAUCAGUAAAACAGUCAUACAACAAAUGAGGAGACUGUGUCAGACGCUUCAUGUAAUGUUUGAAAGUGUCUUUUUCACAAACACUUACAUUUUCUUUCUUGCUGACAUUUUUGUGAGCUGAUGACGCUACACCCAUCAGUUGGUUAGCUUAUCCUAGCGUAAAGACAGGAAUCAGAGGGAAACAGCUACCCUAGCUACAUCCAGAGGUGACGUUAGCUGCAGGAUCUGUAAUUUCAUUUUAAAUUAAAUAUGUGUUGUGAUAAUAGUGAGCUACUAAAAGUGCAUUUUAUCACCGUUGAACAGACUCAAGCCUUAAGGGAUAGAGCUGUAUUUCUCAGCAAACUCUCAGAAAGAACACAAAUGUCAAAUUAUUUGUUUAAAGUCAUUUUAUGUACUACUGUGUACUGAGAGGAAAAUAAGACAAUGUCAGUAUGUCUUGUAAGUCUUGCGCUGCCUUCAAAUUGGGUCGUGUUUACCAUGUUCACGAUUAAUGGUGCCAUCUUGUGGUCUUCACAAUCUCGUAACUCAAAGUUCCCAAAGUUCCCAGAGGCCCCCCUUUUAUAGAUGUGAAUAUUUUGAUGCCACCACCCAGUUCAACACAUAUAUACAUAUCUGACGCACGUUAUCAAUAAACAGUCUUUGUUGCUGUCUUUUUCGUACCUUGUCACUAAGAUUCGCCUCUAUGUCCUGUGACAUUUCGUAGAUGUGCCUAGUGAUUGUAUUGUUUGAUAGAGGAGUGGAAUCACCUGGCUUGUCUUUAUUCUCUGAAUGUGCUGUCAUCAAGCGGUUCCAGUCAGAAGCUAAUAUUUAAUGACAAACGACACAUUAUGGCCUCUGCUUGUUACAGACCCUUGUACUGGGGAAACUGAUGCAUGCUUUGUCAUAUUGGGAGUUGUGUUUUGUGUUGAAGACUUAUCCUCUGCUUGUUAAGGGGGUGAAUCCCAUCAAAAACCUCUCCAUGGUAUGCUAGCAGUGCUACUGCUCAAGCAAGCCUCAUUCAACUGCCUCAACAUUUCAGAAAUGUUGAUGGUGUAUGACAAGUGUAAUUAUUUUACUUUUCUUGGUAAUUUUAUUUCUGAGGAAAAUGUUGAUAUUCCCAACAUCCUUUGAUUACUGCCUUUGCAUUUCCAACAUCACCUUACUGGCCGUUAGCUUGCUACACCAUUAGCCUCAGCGGUCUACAUAGUUGGCUACUAGUUGACGACCUACAGAAGAUUUUACCACUUGAAUGUCAAGAAGUUUGCGUGCACGACUUCCGAUGGACUCACAAGCUCCAUUUGAAGGCAGUGUCAUCGUACUCAGAACUUAUAUUGUCUUCUUUUUCUUCAGCCUUUACAUUCAAAUAUUACAAAAAGCAUCCAUCGGCCGACUGGGGCCUUUUCUGUGUAGAGUUUGCAUGUUCUCCCUGUGUCUGGGAUAGACUCCAGCCCCCCGUGACCCGCUACAGGACAAGUGGUUAUGAAUGAAUGAUGGAAUUAAUCAAUUAAUUAAUUAAGAUGCAAAAUUAAUCAAUCAGGAUCUGUCUUGACCUUCAGUAGUACCUUCAAAAAAAAAGAUAGUUCAUUUGUUUUUGCGACACAACACAACUGUAUUCUAACUGUAAGUCUAACGAAAAGCCAAAAACAUUAUCGGAAAUAUUGUUUUUUGUGAUCUGUUCUGAGUUAUGAGUCUGUAUGUGAGCCUCAGUUCUCCAGGACCUUCAGACACUAAAGAGAAGGUGUAAAAUAUAUGAUAAACAGCAGCAUAAAAGCUUUGUCGUUGUCUGUGAGCUGGAUUAAGUGGACAAUGAUGUUUGUAUUAGACAAGUUUACCUGAUGUAGCACCAUUAGCAGUCAUCUCUCGUAGGAGGCUUUAUUAUGUAACAUAUUUCAUUUUAAUGGAUCCUUUAGAUCACAUUGUACCAUAAAAACUCCAUUAUAACAACCAAGAGAAAUAGACAAUAUGACAGGGUAAUGGCUGUUUAGAGGCAGCCAGGUGAUGAAGAGGGAUUUGAGUCGUCGGAUUAGGAGCUCAUUUUGUUUCCCCUUUGGUUUGUGGUCAUUUAAAUUCAUCAGCAACGCAUAUACUGUACAUCCUCUUUAUCACUAUCCUUGCUCCUCCAUAAUGAAGUGUUCAGAUUUGUGAUUUCAUUUCUCAGAAGAAAUCAUUUAACUGUAUUUGAUGUCAAGCAGUUAUUGCUUGUCCUGUGCCACCAUUAUCACGUUAAAAUAAUGUAUAUUUAUUUUAUAUUUAAACAUAUUUAUCUCAUCCCCAUUCUCGAUCGAUCCUCUUGUGUCAUUUUUUUGCAUACACUAAUUAAACACUGUUUAUUACAAUAUUUAACAGAGUUGUGCAGAAUAUUUUUCUUUGUGUUUCCUCUGCUUUUAUUCCACUUUGUAUCACACCUGAAAUCAUUUCUUUAAAAGAUUGCAACGUCUGAACUUCUAUAUUAAUCAUUUUUUGUUCAGCUGUUCAAUCCAGUGUUCUCACAAA